GUUGGGAGGGAGGGGACGCGUUCGGCUGCUCUUUAUUGUCGACGAGGGAAGCAACACGGAGUUAUUUAGUUUUGCUUUUAAAACGAGGCUGUUUGUAGUCAAAACAGUCGCUACGCUAGCUUAACUUGUUCCAACUCGUGUGAUAGCGCUCGUUGAUGUUUUUCUGCUAUUUUAUGAAAGGACCUAAAAGAUCAGGCUCUACGUAAAAACAAACGUUGGGAAUGAUCUCAUCUGCGUGUUGACGAGUCACUUUGUUUUUUUUUCUGGUGCGUUGUAUAAAGGUGCGUAAAAAACCGUCGGAAAGCACCCAAGCAACACUUGCACAAACGUCACGGCGGCGUCCAACCAACAUGGCCGUCUUGUCUGUCUAACUGCCACUUUGACAUCUUUGAGAGAGGAAAAAACACAUCCACGCUGCGCUACUCGCCCAAUUUGGUCUCUUUUGGUGCGCACACGCCAGAUUUAAUGAAUUAAAUUCGAAGUGUGCGCUGGGCAAGUGCCUGCGGGUUUUUUUCCGCCGCAGUUUCCCAGCGUGCAAAGUACAAGCGCGGAGUGGCAGACUGCCAUCGUCCUCAUGGCCGCGCAACGUUUCCUCUUUCACUUUAGUCCACGGCACGCACGUUUGAUCGCCUUUUUCCAACGAACGCCCCUUUUUUUCCGAGUUUAGAGGCGAAUUUCCGGUGAUUUUGUACGCACGCUUUGUACGGAUUAAGUCGCUAAUUGGGUCAAACCGACCUUUUAAGCAGGGAGUGCGUCGUUUUAUGUUUGGCUUUAAAGCAAGCAUCCAAGGCUGUUAGUCAGAAGGCUAGAGGAAGAAGAGUUACCAAGAGGAAACACCUCCCGGGUGUCUCCAAGGAGGCGUGAGAUGCAGUGAGGCGCAGACGAGGUCAAAGGUUGCAUGAUCAUCAGCCCACCAGGAUGCAGACGCUGACCAACGGCAAGGAGGAGGAAGUGGACACAGAUGCCGAGUCCAUGGAGGAGGAGGCGGAGUUUAACUGGCAGGACUACAUGGAGGAGACGGGGGCUACCGCCGCACCGCACACCAACUUCAAGCAUGUGGAGGUGAGCCUGCAGAGCAGCUUCCAGCCAGGCAUGAAGCUGGAAGUGGCCAAUAAGGGCAGCCCAGACACGUACUGGGUGGCCACCAUCAUCACCACGUGCGGUCAGCUGCUGCUGCUGCGCUUCAGCGGCUACGCCGAGGACCGCAAGGCCGACUUCUGGUGCGACGUCAUGACGGCCGAGCUGCACCCGGUGGGCUGGUGUGCCCAAAACGACAAGAGCCUCAUGCCGCCUGAAGAAAAGCUGAGAAAAGCCAUCAAAGAGAAAUACAGUAACUGGACCGAGUUUCUGGUUCAGGACCUGACCGGCUCCAGGACGGCUCCGGCCAACUUACUGGAGGGGCCCUUGCGAGGUAAGAACACGGUGGACCUGAUCAUCCAAGGCUCCCUUCUGGAGCUCCGCGACGUCUCGGACCCGUCCCGCUACUGGCCGGUGCGUGUCAUCCACAACGUCGGCGGCAGGCUGCGUCUUCGCUACGCCGGCCUCUCAGACGACCACCAGGCUGAAGACACUUGGCUCUUCUACCUGGAUGUGAGGCUCCGGCCCCUCGGCUGGGCGCAGGAGAACCAUCUCUCCAUGGAGCCGCCCACAGAGUUCCAGUCCCUAAAGUGCGCCCCCGACUGGCAGCAGGCUUUAGAGGAGGCUCAGAGAGACGGACAGACCUGUCCACUGCCCCUCGAGGUGUUCAAGGACCAGGUGGACCUGCCAAAGCAUGCCUUCACACUGGCCAUGAAGCUGGAGAUGGUUUCUCCCUGGGACCGCCUCUGCAUCUGCCCCGUGUCUGUCACCAAGGUGUACAAUGAGAACUACUUCCAGGUCACACUAGAUGACCUCAGCGCAGACGCCAAGCCGCGGUCGGUGUUGUGUCACGCCGAUUCGCCAGGCAUUGUGCCCAUCCAGUGGUGCCUGAAGAACGGCGUGAGCUUGGAGAGGCCGCGGGGCUACGAGGGUCAGGACUUCGAUUGGGCCGACUACCUCAAGUACAGCGGGACUGAAGCGGCUCCUGACGCCUGCUUCCCUGAUACGUGGCAGAAGCGGGUCUUCACCAAAGACACAUGGCUGGAGACGGUGAACCCCGAGCAGCCGGCUGAGAUUUGCGUGGCCCAGAUCACACAAGUCAGAGGACGCCUGUUGUGGCUCAGACUGGAAGGUGUGGCCAAGCAGUUUUCUGAGACCAUUGUGGACGUGGAGUCCAUGGACAUCUUUCCUGUGGGCUGGUGUGAGGCCAAUUCUUACCCUUUGACCCCUCCUCUCAAACCUGUCUUUCUAAAGCAAAGGAAGAUAGCAGUGGUCCAGCCGGAGAAGCAGUUGGCACCAGCCCACCCAGUCCAGACUCCUCCUGUCAAUUACUGUCAGCCUGCCCCCAACGAUGCAGCUAAUGGACGCUACUGCUGCUCCAAAGUCUUUGUCAACCACCGUUGCUUUUCCGGACCGUACCUCAACAAGGGCCGCAUCACCGAGCUUCCCCAGGCGGUCGGACCGGGGAGAUGCACGCUGGUCCUCAAAGAGCUCCUCACCAUGCUGAUCAACGCCGCCUACAAGCCCGGGCGCGUCCUCAAGGAGCUGCAGGAGCUGGAGGAGCCGAGCUGGGACUGCCAGGAGGAGACCUUGAAAGCCAAAUACAAAGGGAAAACAUAUCGCUCCAGCAUCAGAAUCGUGCGCCUGGCCGAGCUCAUCCCGGACUUUUGCCGAAAAGUGUGCCUGAAACUGCAGUGCUGCCCAAACCUCAUCAGCCCUGUUCUCGUACCCGAAAAGUGCCCGGAGAGUUGCUUCGUACAGACAAAAACCAAAUACACUUAUUACUACAGGAAGAAGAGGAAGUUGUCUAAGCCGCUGUUGGGCGAGGACAAUGCAGGGGGAGACGCGGUCAAAGCUAAACGCCGCAGGAAGAAGAGGAAGAGCAUCUUUGUGCAGAAGAAGAGGCGCUCUUCGGCGGUGGAGUACACCCAUGCUGACUCGCCUCAGGAAAGCAACGACGAGGACGAGGACGAGGGGGCGUCGCGGUCGGGGAGCGAGGCCACCAGCUCUGAGCCGCGGGACGAAUUCACCGACGUGUCCUCGGUGGAGGCGACCGGCAGCCGCCAACGCUGCUCCACGACGCUACGCCGGCCGGACAACGACGACGUCACCAGCAGCCAGGAGGCGCCAGAGGGACGCCGCAGGUCUGCUCGUCAGCUCCUCAGCAAGUACCAGCCAAGCAAAGGACAAGACGUGCAGGAGGAGGAGCAGUUGGUUCUAGACAAAAACCCUCUGGAGUGGAGCGUCCAGGAAGUGGUCCACUUCAUCAGCUCUACGGAUUGCGCUUCACUCGCUAACAUGUUCCAGGAGCAAGACAUCGACGGCCAAGCCAUGCUGCUGCUGACGCUUCCCACCGUGCAGGAGUGCAUGGACCUGAAGCUGGGCCCCGCCAUCAAGCUCUGCCACCACAUCGAGCGCGUCAAGGUGGCCUUCUACAGACAGUACGCCAACUGACCCGCCUCCUUGUGGACGCAUCGCCCCUUCUCAGGAAGUCGAGCUGCAAGAGGAAAAAGCACAAAAGCAAAAACGCAAAUGACUGUUAGCGUGAUGCUAAAAGGCGACAAGCUGCUUUGUUUGUCACACGAGUAGUGAUCGAGGAGCAUGCAAGUAUUUCAUUUAAACACACACCGGCCCAGUAAUUAAUAUAUGAACUAUUUAUUGUCAGGCUCACUUACUCUCAAACUUUAUUCUUUAUUUAUUCCACAGUUUAAAAAAAAAAUGUGCUCCCCUUGCGCUUAAAGAAAAAUGCCACAAUUGUGUUGAUCUAUGCAAAUGUCUUUCUUGACAAUGUUUUUUUUUUAAUAAAAAAAAAAAGUU